AUUACAGAAAGGCAGCACACAAUAAAGAGCGGACUUUAUCCAACUAUCUCCAUCACUGAGAAAUCCAUACAGUCUGCAAAAACUCCAUCUAGAUUUUGGAAACAUCUUUUUUUGAAGAAAAAAUCUAAAAAGGUGAGCACAAUGACUCUAAAUGUGACCAUGAGGCGCAGCAGCAGUGCAGUGGCAGCACAGCAGCGGUGGAGCAUCCCUGCCGAUGCACGGCAAAUGCAUGUACAGAAGAAUCCGCAUGCCCAUCUCACUCGCAAGUACACGAUAAACCCCGAAGACUACUAUAGACGUAGCUGGUCUUCAGAAUCUUCAGACUCAGUGAUUUCCUCUGAUUCUGGAAAUACCUAUUAUCGUGUUGUAUUGAUUGGGGAACGUGGAGUAGGAAAGUCUACACUAGCUAACAUAUUUGCUGGAGGGCCUGAUACACUGGACAGUGAUUGCGACGUGUUAGGAGAAAACACUUAUGAAAGAACGUUAAUGGUAGAUGGAGAAAGUGCAACUUUAAUUCUUAUCGACAUGUGGGAAAACAAGGUCCAAGACAACUGGAUAUAUGAUCACUGCAUGCAAGUGGGAGAUGCUUAUUUAAUAGUUUAUUCCAUCACCGACAGAGCAAGUUUUGAAAAAGCUUCUGAGCUCCGUAUACAAUUGCGUCGUGCCCGGCAGACAGAAGACAUUCCAAUCAUACUUGUAGGAAACAAAAGUGAUCUGGUCCGGUGCCGAGAAGUCUCUGUAUCAGAGGGCAGAGCAUGUGCUGUAGUAUUUGACUGCAAAUUCAUCGAGACAUCUGCAGCCGUCCAACACAAUGUGAAGGAACUGUUUGAAGGGAUUGUGCGUCAAGUUCGCUUACGCAGAGACAGCAAAGAGAAGAAUGAAAAAAGGCAAGCCUUCCAGAAAAGGCGAGAAAGUAUCCCUAAAAAAGCCAGGAGAUUCUGGGGGAAAAUAGUAGCCAAGAAAAAUAAAAAUAUGGCAUUCAAAUUAAAGUCUAAGUCUUGCCAUGACCUCUCUGUACUAUAAACCUCCUGGACUUUUCAAAGCUCAAUUAUAGACAUCAUGUGAUUAUACUGUGAGCAGUAAGCAAUCUAUAUUAGAUUGGGCAAUGCCACACUUUACUUGUGUCUUCUAUGGCUGUGAUGAAACAUUUGGACCCAUCAUUGCGACUAAUUAGGACAUAAUCUAUUCAUCUGUUGGUUAAUAUUUCUGUGAACAAUAUGGGCCUGCUGGUCUUGUGCACCAGCUCAUCUGAUUUGUACUAUGUAUGUUUAUAUUGGUUUUAUUUCUUUCCAGAAAUGGAUUCUGUGAUGAACUCUGAUAAGUGGUACUGAUGAACAAUGCUUUUAACCAAUUGGUUUUACCUAAAUGCAUUCACAUCUGCCAUAUUGUAUAUUGUAAAGUUGUACAAUUGAUAAACGCGUAACGUUCUUAAAGUG